CGCUGCUUGUAAACAGAAGCUCACACGUGACACAGAGCCAGAGCCGCACGAGCGCAUUGUCUGCUCGCGGACAAAGAGCGACACAGUCCGCGUUCGUCUCAGCCGAGAGCGAGCGUCGUACGGAGGGGGCAAGCGAACAGGUUAACGGGCAUGUGACACGAUGACAACAACCGACAUUACGGAGCCGACUUUCCGCCGCUGUAUCCGCGCGCGUGCGGCCAACUGAACUUCUUCACGUCUGGAUACCCCAAGAUCCGAGAAACGACGCUCACUGCGCGCGCGCGACUGCCAACGGUUUACCACAAAGCCGGACCUCCUUUGUGUGACCGUGUAAUGUAUUUCGUCGGUAGCUUUUACUUUUUGUUGUUGUAAACAAAUCUCACUUUUAUGGAUGACGUCAGCUAGCUAGCAAUAGAGCCGUUAGCCGUGACGUCAGAUUAAUUUAUUUUUAUUUUUAGCUCGCGUUAAUCUUUUGUAGGGGGGGGGGGUGUUAUUCUAGAUGUCAUUCACAAUGGAGGAUAACUUGGAGGCCGAGUGGGUGUCCGUCCGGCCAAGGGUCUUCGACGAAAAAGAGAGGCACAAAUUUGUCUUCAUCGUGGCCUGGAACGUUGUCGAGGGAAAGUUCGCCAUAACCUGCCACAACAGAACCGUCCAGAGGCGGACUACUUUUCUCCUGGACCCGCUCCCUCCGCCGCCCGGUGCCCCCGCGGUAGAAAAACACGCGAAAAGUAGGAAAGAUGAAGUUAGACCGCACUCUGUCCCGAAAGGAAAGCCCACGACAAACACUAUUGUUGGGGAUAAACAUGCUUUAAAACCCGGCGGUUCAAAGUCGUCCGAGUGCGUCAGCCCCGCGUCGGGCUCCUGGGAUGUUGUGACACCCAAGGUGAUGGACGUGGAGCUCCUGGACCACGUGGAUGUCCCGCUCUCUCCGGACGAUGGAGACCCAGAGGACGGCGACGGCAGCGGGCUCGCGGACUUCAGCUGGGCCGGGCUGUUCUCCUUCCAGGACCUGAGGGCGGCCCACCAUCAGCUGUGCGCCGUCAACUCGGACUUGGAGCCGUGUUUGCCCUCCUUCCCCGAGGAGCAGUCCGGCGUGUGGUCGCUGCUCUUCGGGGGCGUCGUCGCCGCGGUGUCGCAGGGGGAGACCGAAGCCCUGUGCUACCAGCUGCAGGUGUACCUGGGUCACGCCCUGGACACCUGCGGCUGGAAGAUCCUCUCCGAGGUGCUUUUCUCCGGGAGCGAGGACACGGAUGAGUACUACGAGAGCCUGAGCGAGCUGAGGCGGAACGGCUACGAAGAGGCUGUGGGGAGGGCCAAGAGAAGCAUGCUGGAGGUGUUGGAGAAGCACAAAGCCACGGACAGCAUGGUGGAGCUGCUGCAGGUGUACCCCGAGGAGGACGAGACGUACGGAGAGCUGCUGGAGGCGACGACUCAGCUCUACCACUACCUGCUGCAGCCGUUCAGGGACAUGAGGGAACUGGCAAUGUUGCGCAGGCAGCAGAUUAAGAUCUCCCUGGAGACGGAGCGUCUGGGUCCCCGUCGAGUGGAGGGCCUGAGGAAGGAAGACGAGGAGUGGCAGAAGAAGGCUCACGCCGCCGUUCUCUCCAUACAAGACCUGACCGUCAAGUUCUUUGAAACCACGACUCGGGCCCAGAAAGCUUUGCACGAGCGGAUGCGUGCCGACCAGAAGAAGUUCGGCAACUCUGCGUGGGCGGCGGCGGCGGCGGAGCGCAUGGAGCAGCUGCAGUACGCCGCCUCCAAGGAAACGCUGCAGCUGAUGAGGGCCAAGGAAGUGUGCCUGGAGCAGAGGAAACACGGCUUGAAGGAGGAGAUGCAGAGUCUGCGUGGCGGCGAGGACGCCAUGCUGCGCCUGGACCGGCUGGAGGAGCUGUACUACGAGCUGCAGCUGCAGCUGUACGGCGUGCAGGCCGAGCUGCUGCGCUGCGAGGAGCUGCUGCUCACCGCGCAGCUGCAGAGCCUGCGCAGGCAGACGACAGAGCGACAGGAUGAGGUCGUUUACUACGACGCCUUCGAGAGCCCCGACGCCAUGAAGGGGGAGGAGGGUCCCGCCACGCCGACGCCCCCCCUCAGAGACGAAGACAUCGUGGUCCUGCAGCAGAGGACGCGGCAGCUCGAGGCCCGCAGGGGGCGCAUCACCGCCAAGAGAGUCUACCUCAAAAACAAGAAGGAAAUCUGUAUCGUCAAUCACAACCAAAAGAUUAAGCAGCGACAAGGUAGCCGUGUUUCCCUGCAGACGCUGCAACAGGGAGAGGACGCGGAGGAAGACGGCGAAGCCUCGAGCGACGCCCGAGUGAGUCGGGAGCGCCAGCGGACUCUGGACCGACUGCGCAGCCUCAAGCAGGUGAGACGCUCGGCUCCACCCGGAGAGCGCCGCCGACCCGCGACUGACUCUGGAUCUCUUGGUCACCAGCGUUACCCCGGCCAGGUGACUCUGAAGUCCAGCCGGCUGCGUCUGAGUCAGCCUCUCGGCCGGAGGAGAGCCGGUCAGCAGCGCGGCUCCCACUCGGCCGGCGUUCAGACCGACCUCCCGCGCCUCUCUGCGGCUCCUCCGCCCGACGCCCACGUCUCUUUACCGACGGUCGAACUCCACGACCUCGACUCUUCGCCCGCUUUCCUCUCGCUGCCUCCUCCACCGCCUCCCCCUCUGCCUCCUCCUCCCUCAGAGGACCAGCAGGAGGAGAAUAAUCCCAGUCCAUUGCGGCGUCACGAGGCCGAAUCUUCCUCUCUUCCCCUGGCUCCGUUUUCCCCUCGCUUCUUUGACAGCAGUCAGCUGCAGACGGCGAGGAAGAAGCUGAAGAAGACGUCCUCGCUGGACUCAUCGCAGUGGAGGAGGGCGAGCUCCCCCAUGGACGAGGUGCUGGCGUCCCUCAAGCGCGGCUGCUUCCACCUGAGGAAGGCGGAGCUGCGGGUUCUGGCCCCCGACCCGGACGACGAGGACGACAACAUCCUGACUCAGAUCCGGCAGGGCGUGCGCCUGAAGAAGGUGCGGACCCGGCCGGAGCAGCAGCGCCACGCCAGGAGCUUCACCCACUCGGCCGACGCCCUGACCCGCAGCAUCCACGAGGCCCUGAGGAGGAUCAAGGAGGCGUCGCCCGACUCUGAGUCCGAGGACGAAGGCCUCCCGUGCACUGACUGGGAAAACUAGCUCGCCCUUUUUUUCCCUUUUUUUUUUUUUAUGGAUACCUGGAGCCAAAACCAAGAGAAGACAAGCGGACGAGCGAAAUCCCCUAGUGGUCGCUCGGCGCAAUUGGAACAAAAAAAAAACCUUGAUUUUUAUUCUUUUCUUUUUUAUAUAUAUCAGAAAACUGCUCAGAAGUAUGUUGUUGUUUUUUGUAUUCGUACUUCUGUGUUUGUGAAGAUGGACCACUAAUCCUUUUUGUUUCCUUGGCGAGGAGACGACCUCUGACCUCUCGUGACGUGGGAGUCGGAGCUCGCUGUGAUGGGUUUGUUUGAGGAAGUGAGUAUUUAGUUUACUACGUUUCUCUCUUACAGGAAGAACUCUGACUCUUCCCUGAACACGUGUGCUCUACACGUUCACAUCCAACGACACGACAACCGUUUAGAAAGUGCAUAAAAAUGCCGAAACAUGGCAGUCGGAUAAUUCCCACUUCCUGAAAGUAAUAGUUUGACGUUUUUCCGUAGCGAAUAAGUCCGUUUCCUAAAUCUACUACAUCACAUUACUGACAUUUUCAGAUUUUAGGUCCUUUUCUUCAUGGGAAGAAUGUGAAAACGUGCUUUGAUUUGUGUAUUUAUCAAAUCAACAAUGCUUUGUUCUUAGCAUUUUCACUUUAUAAAUAAUAGAUAUAUUUAAAAAUCUAAGUUGCAUAUAGAGUUCAAUGUGACUUUACAAACCGCAGAACAUUUUAGGAGAAGGAUGUGAAAGUCCACCUCGAGCUCCAUCACCUGAUGAAGCAACACGGAGCCGUUUACAAAUAUCAGCAGAUACAUAUUCAUAACUUAUAUAUAUAUUUACACCAAUGACUUACAGUUCAACCCAAAAAACAUCCGGAACAAAGAAACGUAACUUUUUUCGCCUAAUUUCUUUGAAAGCAGAAAGUCGCCCGUCUCUCUGGUCGUCUUUUCUUAAAUGUGAUUUGCUGCUUUUUUUCCCGUUUUCCAUCACUUUCUGUUUUUCUUCGGACAAAACAAGCCAUUUGAAAACGUCGUUUUUCACGAUUAUUGACUCGAAGAUUAAUUGAUUCCUUGAGAAAAUAACCUGCAGCUUUAUUAGUGCUGAGGAAUAGUUGACGCCCCUCCCCCCUCCUAUUUCCUAUUCCUAAAAAAAAAAAAUCCAUAUUGUGGAGGAUGUUUCUAGUUUGGAUACUCAAACCUUUCCUUGCAGCCGAUUGGACCCUUCAGGCUGCAGCGCCCUCUGCUGGUCAACAGACAUUUACAUCACGUGGUGAUUAUAUUUAUUUGUCAUUUUAUAAACCCAAAAGAGAGAGGGAGUCUCCUCUCGGCCCACUGCCUGCAAACAUUUGUUUCCAACCUGAUUUACUUACUGGAGUUGUGUGUGUGUGUGUGUGUGUGUGUGUGUGUGUGAUCUUUAUACCUGUCUCCUUAUUAUGUGUCAAACACGUCAUUAACAGAAACUCACCCUCCUGUAUUUAACGAGUAACGCACUGAGUACCACGGUUACAUUUAAAAGGAAGCGGUUGACUUUUUUUCUGGCCGAGAGUUUGACGAGAAGAUGAGAAAACGUUAAAUAUGAUGAGCUUAUGCUUAAAGGAAACGGGGGAAUCUGCUCGCCUCGCUUUGUUUACACGAGAUAAAAACAGCGACUGGAGGAGCAGUGUGUGCGUUCUGCUGUCUGGCCACAGGGGGGCAGUAAUGAGCACAACUGAAGACGCAAUGCACACAUUGAAACUUAGUCAGAGUUAUAUUUAUUGGACUAUUUGAUGAUCAAAUGUUUUAAAGAAAUGAAAAAUAACGUUCUUUAUGCUAAGCUAAUCAUAUAUAUAUAUAUCAUAUUCUCGUUAAAUCUCGGAAAAGCCCGAAGCUGUAGUUUCCCAGAGUCCAGCUGUUCACUGUCGACAUAAAGAGUCACAGCCGCCAUUUAAAUAGAGAAACUGUUGCCAAGUGUGUGAAAAGCCUCGUGAGUCUCGAACAUGUUUGCAUGCAGCGCGACGACAUCGUGGCUCGAGCCGAGAUCUUUCAUGUGACUUCAGGUUUUUUUUGUUUUUGACAUCAUGAAAAUAUUGACGGCAGAUAUUUGCUCUCAGUCCCCUGAGCUCACUAGUCUGACCUUGUCUGACCUUGUCUGACCUUGUCUGACCUCGUCUGACCGUAUGCAUAUCACCGGCUUUUAGGACGAACCCAUCACAACGCAAGUGCAAUAAUUAAGAAGAAAAGUCAUUUUUAUGAAUUAAAUACUGUAUGAAAUGUAAAAUGAUAUCCGCAUGCCUAAAUGUAUUGAAGUAUUUAUUGAAACUUCAUAUUUUAAAAGCAUACAAAUGUACUUUACUCCGUUUUUUUUGUUGCUCUUUGGUUCCUAUCAUGACAUUCCUCUGCUUUCUAUGUCCUUAAAAAAUGAAAUAUAUAUAUUUCCCCUUUUCAAAAUAAAAUUAAGCACCAACA